CCAAUCAGAUGCAGAGGAGGGCGGGUCUUUUCGCGAGCCACCGCUCCCUAAAAAACGCUCGCUAUUAAAAAAAACAAAAACAAACUACAAUUCCCGUGAUCCCCCGCGCCCGAGAAGCCAGCGGUCAUGCGGGUGGAAACAGAAGUGUGCAUCCGCCGCAGCGCAAGAAGAAAGUUGGACGGAAGAUGAGCGGGGAGGAUGGCGGCGAAGCGAAUGCCCCCGCGGCUCCGCGGCCCCCGGCCUCGGCGUCGCUGGACGAGGCCGAGGCCGAGGCGGCGAGGGACGAGAGCCCCAGACUGUGCGGCCACCUGAGCAAACUCGCCGGCAAAGGACCUCUGAGGGGAUACAAGCAGAGGUGGUUCGUGUACGACCCGAGGACGUGCUGUCUGUAUUACUUCAAGACGCCCCAGGACGGGCUGCCGCUCGGGCACAUCGAAAUAAGCGACGCGUCCUUCAGCUAUGACGUGGAGGGGGAGGAGGGCCAGUUUGAGAUCCACACCGCGGGCAAGGAGUUCCUUCUGAAGGCUCCCAAUAGGCAGGUGAUGCAUUACUGGCUCCAGCAGUUACAGCAGAAGCGCUGGGAGUACAGCAACACACGAGGCCAGAGAGACAGCUGGAGCUCUCCGAUCCUGCCGUACCCUCACACGGGCCUGGUCGCCAAAGACAAUGAUACCUUCCUGUUUGAAAAGCCUAGCGAGAGCAUGGAGAAGGUUCGCAGCGACUUCGCCAUGGAGACAGAAACAGAUGGCGGGGGCAUGGUGGGGAUGCAGUCUGCCAGAGGGCCCUCUGGCUUGUCCACCAAUCCCCUAAACUUCUCCCUGAAAAACUGGGGCACAGAACUCAGGAAUUCCAUGUCUCAUCUGCGACAAGGGCGAGGCGGUGAAAGCAGACGGAGUGUGUUUUACACCAGCAACAGUUCAGAGGAGUGGGAAUUGGUGGAUCCUCCUCCAAAAGACAUACCCGAACUGAAACCUCAACCAGACACACACAGACAUUCCAUUGGGUCAGCAUUCACGUUCGAUUUUGGACGCAGUUCUUCGCGGGCAAAGAGGCCCUUCCUCAAAGAUAUGAUGAUGAGCGGCGGUAAAUUUACUCGUAGUGCUGAGAACCACAGCACCAGCGAUGGCGCCCCGGUGGAGGGUUACGGCAGCAAACCCAUGGAGAUGCAACUUCGUCUCCAGAGUCAGCAGGAGGAGCUCAGCCGCAUGCAGCAGGAAAAGGCCAAACUUCAAGAGGAGCUGGCCACUCAGAAGGAGCUGGUUAGACUACUGCAGCAGACUCUUAGGACGUCCCAAUGUGAUAGAGGCCCAGUGAGCCGCACAGCCCCACCUUCAGAUUCAUCCACAACUCCAGGCCAGGAAGAGCUUCCCCAGAUGGAGGCCCUUCUCCAAGAUAAGGACGGACAGAUCCAAGCCCUAUGUGGGCACAUGGAGCGUCUAGCCUUGGAGAAGGAGAGCCUGCAGCAGGAGCUGAAGGGCCUGAAGAUCAAGGUUGGCGAGAUUAAUGACCAGCUGGGCAUGCUGAUGGAGACCAUUCAGGCUAAGGAUGAAAUCAUCAUUAAACUGAACCAACAGAGCUCAGAGAAUAAUGAAAAUCCAAAUGGUCACAGUUCACCGGCCUAUAGUAAGGAGCAACAGGAGGUGAACAAUCUUAAGGACAGUCUUCAAGGUUACAAAUCUCAGAACAAGUUCCUGAACAAAGAAAUUCUGGAGCUGACAGAGUUACGCAGAAAUGCUGAAUGCCGAGAGAAAGCUCUAGAGGCCAAGCACACGGCCUUGGUCGCCAAGCUGUGUCAGGUGGAGAGUAAGUACUUGGUGCUGCUGCAGGAGAUGAAGUCCCCCGUGUGCUCCGCGUCAGAGCAGAGCCCAGCCCGCGAGGUCAUCUCCAGAUUAGUGGAGGACGCGCUGCAGGCGGAGAGCACCGACCAUCACGACCAUCCUAUUUUCAAACCUCAUACUGUCAGCGAGUAUGACAUAUAUGGCUUCAAGACGGUCCCCGAGGAGGAGGAAGAGGAGGAGAAGCUGGACGCGAAGGUGAGAGCCCUGGAGCUCAAGUCUCUGUCCAUGACGAACCAGGAGGUGUCUGUUGGCGUGAAGUGGGAGAACUACCGCGCCAGCACAAUGAACAGGGACCUGAUGCGCUCCCCGGAGCUCAAGGCCCUGAUGCGGAGCGGCGUGCCCCAUGCCCACCGCUCCAAGGUGUGGCACUGGUGUGUCAACUUCCAUGUGAAGAAGUUCCGGGACCAGUUGGCGCCGGACUAUUAUGAAACUCUGUUGAAUGUUGCCCGGGAGAAACCCAAUCCGGCCUCCAAACAGAUCGAACUAGACUUGCUGCGCACGUUGCCCAACAACAAGCAUUAUGCCUCCCCGAGUGCAGAGGGCAUCCAGAAGCUAAGGAAUGUGCUUAUGGCUUUCUCCUGGAGGAACCCAGAUAUUGGCUACUGCCAAGGACUAAACAGACUGGCAGCCAUUGCCUUGCUCUACCUAGACCAAGAGGAUGCCUUCUGGUGCCUCAUAGCCAUUGUGGAGGUGUUCAUGCCGAGAGACUAUUACACCAAGACUCUGCUGGGCUCACAGGUUGACCAGCGUGUGUUCAAGGACUUGAUGAGUGACAAGCUGCCCCGGCUUCAUGCCCACUUUGAGCAGAACAAUGUAGACUUCUCCCUCAUCACCUUCAACUGGUUCCUGGUGGUGUUUGUGGACAGCGUGGUCAGCGACAUCCUCUUCAAGAUUUGGGAUGCCUUCCUGUACGAGGGACCCAAGAUCAUAUUUCGCUUCGCCCUUGCCCUCUUCAAGUACAAAGAGGAGGAGUUUUUGAAGUUACAGGACUCCACCGCCAUAUUCAAAUACCUUAGAUAUUUCACCCGCACAAUCCUGGAUUCAAGGAAACUAAUGAACAUCGCCUUCGUCGACAUGAACCCUUUUCCCCUGAGGCAGAUCCAGAGCCGACGCGCCUUCCACCUUGAGAAGGUCCGUCUUGAGUUGACUGAGCUUGAGGCAAUACGGCAAACCUUCCUCAGGGAGAGAGAAACGAGUCACGAUGGACGGACCUUUGUCAGCGAUGACGAGGAAGAUAACUGACCUUGAUCUCACCAGAUCCUCCAGACUGUUUUGGUACAUAGACCAAACACAAAAAGGUCAACUUACAUAGAUCAGUGUUCCGGUCGCUCUCGGGCACUUCCCAUGCAAAGCAUGAUGUGGUCUAUGUCCUCCCAGCUGGAACGAUCAACCUUGUGCUGUAUGGUUUUCAAAGACCAAAACAUUGUAGGUCGAACAGCCUUUCUAUCAGUAUUCCUGCCAUUUUUUGCAAAUGCCUUAAUUGCUGUGUGCAUGAGUGUUAAGGUGAUGGGCUGAAUACCGAGCUUGUCCCAUGGAUCUCCAACCCACUUUGCUAGGCUAAGCCUUCACAGUUUGAAUGUGUUUUGAAGACGUGGCUGUUAUCCCAAAUGGUAAGUCAUGUUUGUGCCUCUUGAGGAAAUUGUAUUAUUUUUUAACUUUUGUCUAAAUUGAGUAGACUUUUUUUUUUUUCUUUUUUUUUUUGCUUUGUCACAACCUCAUUUUUUACAAUAUGAAUCUCCUAAAAUUGUUUACCUGUUUACGCAUGCUCCAUAGUCCAGGUAAGGAAAUCACAGGACGCUGAAUCGGUUCAUCCGGGACGCAGCGGUUACUGGGAGAAACGUUUCGCCAGUCUCAGCGGAAGGGUGGGGAGACCUGGAGUCAGUUGAGACCGACGAGCGAUGAAACGGUUCUCUCAACGUUGUGUCCAGAUGAACCGGUUCACCUUUCUGUGUUUACCUGCGUCACUUUUGGCUUCGCUCCUUCUGACAUUCCUACACAACUCCCCGUUUUAUCUGUUAUUCCUGUGUCUUAUACUUGAAUCAAUUUGCAUGAAUAUAAGUUCGCUGAAUUUUAUUAAUGGGUAGUUCUAGACUUCCGGAGUGCUGAUGAGGUGGGGUCAGAAGAUGCACAAAGAUGUACUCUGUAGACCGCAAUAAGAUCGGUAGCAUAAUCUUCCUCUAUCACACCACCUGUGAUUUGGCGGUAUUGCAAAUUUCGGGGGGAAGGUCCGAGGCUGUAUUUCUUCAUCUCAGGAGUCAGGUCACUUCUCUUGGUUAUCUUGUUCCUCAGUCUGCAAUCCCUGUGUUCAGACGGGUGCUUUAGUGAAGCAGCAAGGGAGUUUUACAAGUGUGGUGUUGAUGGUCGCAGGUUGCACCGAGGUUGUUAUUGACUUGAGAUUUUGGGAGCCAAUGUAAUGCCUGCUGCAAAUCAUAUCACUGAACCGGGUGGAACAAGCCGCUAUACAAUACAGCAGAACAUCAUACGCCUCCCUCAAAAGGAAAAAAAAAAAAAGAGAAAAUUCUCUGUUUUAAGCAAAUUAAUGCUUUUUGCUCCAACUUCCAGCUCUGUUCCUCUGUGUUUUUUCGGAAGUAUCCCCUCACUCUGAACCUGAUUUUCAGUUUUAUUGUGUAUCCUUGGUGUUUUAUUCGCCUCAGCUGAUUGAUGAGUACUUUUGAGCCCCGUCUUAAAUUCUGCGGUAGGUGCAGAUCUCCUCCUCAGAGUGGCAGUAUAACCUUCUUCAAUCAGUCGAAACGCUCACACGCUCCCACAGGGACCUUCACUAUGUACACAGGGGGCCGGUUUCAAUGUUGAAUAUCCUGUCCUCCUCUUCUUCUUCUUCUUCUUUCAGCUUGUUCCCUGUUUUUCAGGGGUCGACGUUGAAUAUACUGUGAUACUGUUUAAAUCGCUCAGUAAAUGACCUGAAUGUCAGACUUGACUGGUCAUCGUGAUUGCUGUCUAUAAAUGGAAAUAUGAUUUGUGUAACUUCUAAUAAGGGGAAUAUAUAUAUAUGAGGGCGUUUCUUGGCGUGUUCAGGAGCGGUCUGUCUCCGCCGUAGACGUCGGAGCGUUAUCUCGGUACUAAAGAAAACGCCACUCACCGGGUUGGCGUCGUUGCGCGUCUCUUUACUCCUGUCAUCCUUAUCGAGUCAGUCAUCGCUUAUCAUUUUGUGGCCCGUAAUGAAAACGUUCACAAGUUGACCGUAAUGUUCAGUCGGUAGAGAUAGUUGGGUGCUGGUUUGUCAAGGAUGGACGUUAUUUGCCUGGAUGAGAAUCUGUCGUGAGCGUGUGCGUCCCCGCUCCUAUCUGUUCACUGCACUAUUUGGCCACAGAUCGCUCUUGCAAUUAACCUUUAGUGGGACCCACCCCCACCCCCCGCCCCCAGACGGUGAGUUUUAAGUUUACUUUGCCUCGGAGAGCAGGACUCUCGAGAGAGCGAGGCUUUCCAGGAUGGACACGCUGUAAUGUGGUGAAAUGAUUCCUGUUCCUCUGGUUUUUACUUUGUUUUUCCUCACAUGUUUACUUUGUCUAAGAAGGGUUCACAUAUUAUGUAUAUAUCUUCAUAGCUUACUUGAAUACAUAACCUCCAUUUUUAAGGCUGUUAUUUUGCAUGCUGAAAUCAAGUUUUUUUUUGUUGUUUUCCAUCAUAUUACUAGCUUAUUUCAUUCCUUGUAUUACAUAAGCUAGAUAAAAAUUCCCUUUUUUGCUCUUUACAGCAAUAUAUUGCACAAAUGUAGUGCCACGAUGACAACCUUUCACAAUGCUACAGGGGCACUUAGAUUACAUAUGGAAAUCUUUUCUAUAUCAUAUUUUCAAUGGUUAACCUGCAUCAGUGUUUGUUUGAAAAAAAAAUGCUUUGAUGGUAUAAACUCCAGCGUACGCAAUUCAUAUGGAUUUUUUUUUUCCAGUUACAAGAAAAACUGAAUAAACUUUGUUG